AUGGAUGCGGAAGAAGAAUCAUUUGUAAAAUUAUUAAAAUUGAACCAUUGUUUUUAUUAUAAAAACAGAAAUUUUGUGCCAUCUGAUCGAAUUGUUGAUGGUGGAAAGCUAACUUUGGAAAAAUAUACUGGUGACCUAUUGGUUUAUCAACGGAUUCCGAAUGAUGUAGUAUCAUCUAAAACAACUUGGGAGCUUUUCGAAAAAGCCUUUUCUGCUUUAAUUGACAAAUCACAAAAUACUCGGGAAACAAAUUCCAAUUUUUCUGAAAAUGAUGUUAAAUUAUUAAUUCCGAUUUUAGAAAUUACAUAUGUCACUACUUCUGUUCAGUCAACCUCAGUUGGAGAAUUUCUUUUCGAAAAGGUAUUAGUUGGUGGAGCUUUAGUUAUAAAAAAUAUUUCUGAAUAUUCGGAUGAUUCUUUAAAUCAAUUGAAAGCACGAAUCGCAUGGACAAUCAAUGAAUUUCGUUGGGGUCACAAGAAUUUGUUCAGAGAAGCCGGUGAGCUUCACUGGGAUCAUAAGAAUUCAUCUAAGGAAGAAAAAAUAGUUUCUAUUGAAGAUUUAUCCGGUAAUCAAUUGAAUGAUAUGAAAUCAUUGGGCAAAUAUAUUCAACAAUUAUACGAAUUUGAAACAAGUUCGGUGAUUGCGUACGAAAAAGUGGUACCUUCUUAUGCUCGUUUUGAUGCAAAAAAGCAGCAGGAAAUUGAUUUAUCAAAAUCAUGUCCUGACUAUUUUGACAAACGUCUUGUACCAGAUAUUUCAAUUUAUCAUACAGAGAUUUUUAUGAAAGAUUGGUUAGGCAAAGAUAAUAUAUAUAUACAAAUUCCAAAAUGGGUCAAACAAUAUCAAUUGAAUCAUGGUUUAGUUAUUAAUCCGACAGUACUAAUUCCCAGUGUUAAGCCUGCUAUAGAAUUAAUCUCCGAACCUUCAAUCAAAUUUAUCGAUUCACCUAAAAUGUUAAAUAUUUCAUACGUAGCAACGCAGAAAGAUUUAUUCCAUAAAACAAAUUACGCUGAUAUUUUCAGCAAUUCUCAAAGUUUAUUGGAUAGUAUUCCAUUUGUGAACUUUCCCAUUGACACUUCACCGGUAAAUGUCAUUCAGUGCGAUAUUAUAUAUCAACAAAUACAGUUGACCAUCAUUGAAAACGAGAUUAAAAUUUCUAACCAACUCGAAACCGCUGUUACGGAAGCAUUAAAAACAGAUAAUCCAUAUCAAGAAUUCGAGGAAAUCUUUAAAGAAUAUGGACAAGUCUUCUGUUUGAGUUUUGUAAUGGGUGAAAGACUAAGCAAAUUAAGCGGAUUUUCAUAUAUUGAACAGGAAAACCUUGCAAAAAUAAUAAGUAAUGAAUUUAAAGAAAUAACGAACUGUCAAAAUGUUUUUAAUGAGUGGAAAAACUUCCUUAGCCGAUUUAAUAUGGAUUCAACGAGGUUUGAUUUGCCCAAUGGCAAUUCAACUGUUGACAUUAACGACAUAAAUGAUAUCGAUCUGCGUUUAAGGACUGUUCCUGAAAAUCCUAAUUCAUGGAAAGUUAUUAACCGUCUUCAGCUAAUACCUAUGUAUAAGCUUCUUAAUGAUGAUCUUCAGAAGGAAAUAGAAAUAUUACUAAGCAAUGAAGAAAAAAUUUUGAUGUAUGGUGUUUCUAAGCUUGAAAAUAAUAAAAUCCGCUACUAUAAUGUCAAUUUUGGUUUUCAUUUAAAAAGUGAAAAUUAUAAAAUAAUUGGCUCGAUAAUUUCAAAUAAAUUAAAGAGAUUAGAUUUAGAUGUAAGGUUUCAAAUGUUGACAGUUUCGGGAUUUUCUAUUAUUAUUGAUAACAAAGAGAUGUCAAAGGAAACAGCUGACAAUGAUUUAAUGGUCCAUUGGUUAUUAAUCGGAAACCCAUUGUCUGUCAAAUACUUUAGCAAAACGACUAGAAAUAUGCAGAUUUUGGCCGGCACAAUCAGUAUUAUACUUUCAAAUAAACAAAAUAUUUAUGUGAUCGAUGUAAAGGAAGAAAUGGAUAAGGUGGGAUUGCCAUCAUUGUCACCGGAUUGCAUUAUUCUGCAUACAUUUGAAUUUCUUGUACCAAAUUUUAAUCUCAAAUUUCAAGCAACUCUAAAAUCAUGGACAAAGACAAAAAUCAGUUUGGAAGUUACCAAUUAUUCAUUUGAAGAAAUUAAUUCGAUGCUCGAAGAUGAAGCUUUGGGAUCAUUGAUACAAAAUUCUUGCAAUUUAGCCUGGAAAUUAUCUCAAAAAAGGUAA